UUGUCUUACAAUAUCUUACGUGUCGCAAUACGAGUUUUAAGGCCUGGAAAAGAACAGAACAGCAUGCAUGAAUACGAUGAGAUCAGGACCAUUUCGAGGAAAAUCGAAAUGGUAAUUUUCACAAAUGGCCAUAUCAACUAUGUAAAUUUCACAAAUGCCAAAGCUACGUGGAAGCUGCAUGGCGGUGCCUCGUACCCAUAA